UUGCAGGUAUUUGGAUUGCUUAUUAUGCUGUCACUCGUUAUCACCAAAUAUUUGAUUGCAUUAACGAUAAUUGCAAUAUUAUCAGUUACUGAAACGGAUGCACUGGCAUUGGCAUUUAAUCCUGUUACUUUCUCACAAAACAUGAGAGUAGGAGGCAACAGAGUGUUCGCCAAUGGUAACGCAGGACAGCUGGUUGUUGGUCAGAGAAGUAAUCGAACUGAACAACCUGCUCAAGUUCCUCAAGCUCCUCAAGCUUUUCCUAGUUCAGAUUUACUUGGAACUUUUUUACUAGCUUCAUUACUGGGGUCAGCAUAUGGUAGAGGCUCCCCAUAUUCUUCUCCAUAUGGUUAUUAUUAUCCGUACUUCGGUUACUCUCCUUAUUCCUACGGUUAUCCUCCCUAUUACUACUAUUAUUAUGGAUAAUUGUUUCAUUUUCUCCAAAUGCCUCUGUAUGAUUGUGCAGACUUUUAAAAUUAUUCAGUGCAUUGUCUGGCGUUGUAUUCUAUAUUCUAUUGGCCUUAAGUUUACCUUAUACAGUCAAAUGCUACUGCCGACUUACAUGAUUCAUCGAUCACUUCAAGAUGCCG